AUGAAUCUACGAGAGCUUGUUGGAUCAACGGCAGACAUGAACCUGGAGGAUGAUGCGGAUGGAGUGCGGUUUGAGGAGGAAAUGUUCGAAGGUCCGGCGCAGCCCCCUAUGCGAACAACGUGGACGUUGAUCGGGAAGUUCUUGACCGAUCGAAUUCUCAAGGUUGAGGUGAUGAAGAGGGUCAUGGCAGCAGCUUGGCGGCCUCUCAUGGGAAUAGAGAUAACAGAUGUGCUCCCGAAUCUGUAUCUCUUUACGUUUUUUGACGAAGCCGAUAUGCGCCGGGUGUUGGAGGAGGGGCCAUGGGCGUUCGAAAACACAACACUUAUUUGUCAAAUUCUCGAGGAUGGAGUCGAUCCAACGCAAGUGGUGUUGAACACUGUGGAUUUCUGGAUACAGGUCUACGAUAUUCCGUUGGGUUAUCGAACGGUGAAGGUGUUAGAACGGAUUGGUGAUUUUGCGGGGGUGUUUAAACGGUAUGAUGAGCGGAACUUUGAGAGGUCAUGGACCUCGUUUUACUGGAUACGCAUAACGCAUGAUGUGACGGCUCCGUUAAAACGACGUAUGAAGAUGAUUAUGCGAGAUGGGACAUGGACUUGGAUAAAUUUCAAGUACGACCGCCUGCAUAUGUUCUGUUUCUUCUGUGGAAUAAUGGGACACACUGAUAAGUUUUGUUUAGCGGCUCGACGUUCUUUGUUAACCCCGGAUCAGUACAUGUUUGCUGCGACAUUGAGGGUGGGGGGUAAUAGUCCAGCCAAGCACAUAGGGGAUAAAUGGUUCAAACUAGGACAAGAAAGGAGAAAAGAAAUUGGCUUUGGGAUGGGGGGUUACGGGCAGAAUGGUGGGGCAGUAGGGAGGGAGGAGUUGACCGGGUUAGGGGGCCGGGCCGUGGAAGUUGGGGUGACGGGAAAGGGUGGGAUGGGGCAGUCGGAAAGUGCAAGGGAGAGGGAGGUUGCUGGGGAGGGUGAGGGGGUGAGAGUGGAUCCAAAAAGACGGAGAAUGGAUGGUGAGGCUGGGAGGGGAGUUGUCGUGGGUGUGGGUGUGGAAUCGGAUGGUCUGAGCUCGGUACCAUCGGAUGAUGCGGGAUGUGGGGUAGGCCGAGGAGGUGAGGGAGUUGUGGAGGAGGAUAUAACGAUGACAGACGUUAACCGGGAUCAUGCAGAACGACUUCGGGUAAAACUUGGUUUUGAUGGUCUUUUGAAUGUGGAUAAUUCUGGAUUGAGUGGUGGCUUGGCAUUAUUAUGGAGGGCGAAUGAUACAGCAACUGUGAUAGGUUAUUCUGAUAAUCAUAUUGACGUGGAAGUGAGUAUGCCGGGAUUUGAUAAAUGGAGGAUGACUGGGUUCUAUGGCUUCUCAAAACGACCACAGAGAAGGGAGUCAUGGGAUCUUAUUCGUUCGUUGGCAGGAAAGUCGGAUCUGCCAUGGGUAAUCAUUGGAGAUUUUAAUGAUCUCUUAUACCAGUGUGAGAAACAAGGAGGGAAUCCUCAUCCGGACAGCUUGUUGAGGGGUUUUGGAGAGGCAAUUGAGGAGUGUGGCUUGACACAAUUACCGAUGUCUGGGUAUCCCUUUACUUGGGAAAAAGGGAAGGGAACUCCAAACUGGAUCGAGGAAAGGUUGGAUAAGGUUUUGGCCACGCAAGAUUGGAGAGAGCUGGUAACCGAUGCAAGUGUGCAGAAUAUUUUAACCAGAAAGUCAGAUCACUCGGCUCUUUUCCUUGGGAUUCUGAAUCUUCGGGAAAGGAGGGGGGGUCUGAGAAGAGGUUUUAGAUUUGAGAUGGCAUGGUUACAUGAUGAAGGAUGUCGAGCGGUGGUAGAAAAAUCGUGGGACGAAGGAAGAGGUAGGGGAUUGCAGGAAUGUGUCACAUUGUGUGGUAACCGGUUAACGCGCUGGGGUGGAGACCGAUUCCACAAGUUUGGUGAAAAAAUAUUGUGCUUACGGAAGGAACAGUUACGCCUCAGAGGAUGUACAGAUCCAGUAUCCCUAGCUGAAUUCCAGAGAUUAGAAGAGUGUUUGACACAUGUUGAGUUGCAGGAGGAUACUUAUUGGAGGCAGAGGGCCAAGCAGCACUGGCUCAAGGAUGCGGAUGCAAACACCAGGUUUUAUCACAGGUAUGCUUCUAAUCGAAAGAAAAAGAAUUCUAUUGCUAAAAUAAUGAAUGAUAGUGGGGAUUGGAUUGAGGGAGAUGCCAUGAGAAAUAUCAUCUUGGAUUACUAUCGAGGCAUUUUUAAAUCGAGCUCUCCUACAAUUAAUGAUGAAUUCUUUGCGACUAUACAACCGCGUGUAACACCAGUACAGAAUGAGGGGUUAUUGCGCCCUUUUGAAGUAAUUGAGGUAAAAUCUGCAUUAUUCUCAAUGUAUCCUGAUAAAGCACCAGGACCGGACGGGAUGAAUCCAGGAUUCUAUCAGCAUUUCUGGGAUGUGGUGGGAACUGAUGUCUCUUCGUAUAUUAUGAAUUGCUUGAAUACUGGCUCAUUUCCGAGUAAGCUGAAUGAGACGAAUAUUAUUUUAAUCCCGAAGAAGAAAAACCCGGAGAUGGUUUCUGAUUAUAGGCCAAUUGCUUUAAGCAAUGUGAUCUACAGGAUUAUGGCUAAAGUUAUUACUGCCAGAAUGAAACCAUUAAUGGAGAAUAUCAUAUCUGAAUCCCAAAGUGCGUUUAUCUCUGAGAGAUUAAUUACGGAUAACAUACUGAUAGCUGCGGAGGUGGGACAUUACCUAAACAGGAAACAAUGUGGUUUAGCAGGUUGGGGGGCUCUAAAACUCAACAUGGCGAAAGCCUAUGACCGUAUGGAAUGGCCCUUUUUGGAAAGCAUGUUAAUGGCGCUGGGAUUUGUUGACAGAUGGGUGAGACUACUGAUGAUGUGUGUGACCACUGUGUCUUAUAACAUAUUAAUUAAUGUUUCACAGAUUGAACAAAUUACUCCGACUCGGGGUUUACGGCAAGGUGAUCCCCUAUCGCCCUAUUUGUUUAUCAUUUGUGCUGAAGGGCUUUCACUAUUACUACAACAAGCGCAGGCGAAGGGGGAGAUACAUGGAUGUAGAGUUGCUAGAGGGGCACCUUCUAUUACCCAUCUAUUUUUUGCUGAUGAUAGCUUGCUUUUUUUCAAAGCAAAUGCCCAAGAAGCAGGUGUGAUUAAAAGUUGUCUGAAAAAAUAUGAAAAAAUGUCUGGUCAAGCUGUCAACUAUCACAAAUCGAGUAUUUGUUAUAGUAAGAACACAAGAGAUGAAACGCGGGAUGAGGUGGCCAAUAUAUUGGGGGUGGUGCAGGCACAGAAUUUUGGAAAGUACUUAGGGCUCCCAUCAUUUGUGGGCAGAAACAGAAGGGCAGCUUUUGCUUAUAUUGAGGAUAAGAUAAGACAGCGGAUUAGUUCGUGGAAUAAAAAACUCUUGUCACAAGCAGGGAAAGAAGUCCUAUUGAAAAGUGGUAUUCACUGGAAAGCUUGGGAUAAGUUAUGUAUUCCAAAGAAAUAUGGAGGAUUGGGGUUUAAAGAAUUGAGAGCGUUUAACCUGGCUAUGCUUGGAAAACAAGGAUGGCGUUUCCUGACACAGCCACAAUCAUUAGUUUCAAGAGUUUAUAAAGCCAGGUAUUAUCCCACUAAUUCUUUCUAUGAUGCAUGUUUGGGAAAUAACCCGAGCUUUUGUUGGAGGAGUAUUUUGGCAGCACAGGAAUUGAUUUGUGGGGGAGUUAGGAGGAGAACUGGAAAUGGCCAAUCAACAUUGAUAUGGGAUCAUCCAUGGUUGCAUGAUGGGUUACAACCGAAGAUAUUAACAGAAAAACCACCCCAAUUGGCACAGGCGAAAGUAGUGGGUCUGAUGGAUCAACAGACACGAACCUGGGAUAAAGAUAUUCUAACAGAUAUUUUCAUACCUGAGGAUAUUGAGCGAAUUCUGAAAAUACCUGUGUCACCAGAUUAUGAGGAUUUGUGGUACUGGUAUGGGGAUCCAAGAGGUGAAUAUUCUGUUAAGAAUGGAUACAGAACAGUAGUUGGAGAAUAUAGCCAACAGGUUGUGACAUUUGAUAAAUGGCAAAAGUUAUGGAAGCUUAAAAUCCCACCCAGGUGGAAAACAUUUUUAUGGAGAGCUCUAAAUGAUAUUUUGCCCACUACAAAGAACCUACUUAUAAAGAGGGUUGAUAUUGACCCAACAUGUGCUAUGUGUGGAAUUGAACAUGAAGAUGUUGUGCACUCCUUGAUCAAAUGUACCUACACGGCAGCCAUUUGGACACAAUCCCACCUUCCAAUCCCCAAUAAUGUUAUAAAUAUUUUUGGAGAUUGGUUUAAUGAUUUGAUGAAUGUUUUAGAUGAUGACGGGAUUAUUUAUGCAGUGGCAAUACUCUAUUAUAUUUGGCGCACAAGGAAUGGAGCUAUGUGGGAUGCGUACUUACCCAGGCCUCGGAAAGUGGUUGUGAUGGCGGCAUCAGCUCUCAAUGCUUGGAAGGCGGUUCACCACCGAACACCAACUCAGUCGAUCCAUGCUACCAUGGUAGACCACACCAUAGCAGUAACAACCGGUGCGGACGUGCCUAUAGCCACGGCGUUACAUACGGCUGCCACGCCCAUCGUCACAGUACACCGACCGCAACUCUCUACGACAUACACCGCGCCAAUGCUGUUCACGGCAUGA